AUACCAAGCCUUCGCCGACUGGCGCGGUUAUUUGCAGCAGGUUCACGCUAUUUGGAAAUUAGGUCAGGGUUGAAGUGGCGUUCCUGUGAAGCAAUAAAAGGCCCACUCGGUCCUUGCUUUUCAUAGAAGGAAUUGUGUGGUUUCAGGUUUUUUUUUGUUUUUGUUUAUUUAUUCUUGCUUCAUUUUUUUUUUCGGCUUUUUUUGUUUCCCCACGUAUUGCGUGUUUGUAAAUGGCUUUUACGUUAACUGUUAUAAACUGUGAAUGUUUUAUCAGUUAGACGUUUACUUAUUAUUUAAGUUCAACAACAAAAUGUUUACAUCUCUUUUGGGAUUUGUGUUCCUUUUAAUAUAUGUGCAGGACGGCGCUUUUGUGAACGGUUAUGAAGAAUGUGAGCAGUCUCAGUUUAGGUGUGGAAAUGGCCGAUGUGUCCCUUCUGUUUGGAAGUGUGAUGGUGAUGAGGACUGCUCAGAUGGGAGUGAUGAAGAACCAUGUGUGAAGAAAACAUGUGCUGAAAUGGACUUUGUCUGCAAAAAUGGUCAAUGCAUCCCAAAAAAAUGGCAUUGUGAUGGCGAACCAGACUGUGAAGAUGGCUCUGAUGAAAGCUUAGAUCAGUGCUAUUCAAGGACCUGUCGCGUUAAUGAGUUCAGUUGUGGUGCUGGGUCAACACAAUGUAUUCCAAUAUCUUGGAAAUGUGAUGAAGAAAAUGACUGUGACAAUGGAGAAGAUGAAAUAGACUGUGGCAAUAUUACUUGCUUACCUGUUGAGUUCACCUGUCUUAAUGGUCGGUGCAUAUCCCGUAAAUUUCUCUGCAAUGGAGAAGAUGACUGUGGAGAUAAAAGUGACGAGCAAGAUUGUGUACCUACUUCAUGUGGACCCAGUGAAUUCCAGUGCAAUAAUACUUGUAUUCCUGUAAGCUGGGUUUGUGAUGAUGAUGUGGAUUGUCAAGACCACUCAGAUGAGUCUUACCAUGUUUGUGGUCAUCAGCCCAAUCAACCCAUAAAAUGCUCAUCAAGAGAGAUGCAAUGUGGCUCUGGUGAAUGCAUUCACCUCAAGUGGCGUUGUGAUGGAGAUUCAGACUGUAAAGAUGGAAGUGAUGAAUAUAACUGCCCUGCUAGAACAUGCCGACCAGAUCAUUUUAAGUGUUUUGAUGGCAGUUGUGUUCAUGGAAGCAGACAGUGCAAUGGUAUCGUGGACUGUACGGAUGGGAGUGAUGAGUUCAGUUGUAAAAAUGUUACCGUAUGUGAAGGACCAGAUAAAUUUAAAUGCCGGACUGGAGAGUGCAUAGACAUGUCUCAGGUUUGUAAUCAGAAAAGAGAUUGCCCAGACUGGAGUGAUGAGCCUUUGAAAGAGUGUAAUUUAAAUGAAUGCUUAACCAAUAAUGGUGGAUGCUCCCAUAUUUGCAGAGACCUUACUAUAGGAUAUGAAUGUGGAUGUACUCCUGGCUUGGAGCUAAUUGAUCGGAAAACAUGUGGGGAUAUUGAUGAGUGUCAGAAUCCUGGAAUCUGCAGUCAGAUAUGUAUUAAUUUAAAAGGAGGGUACAAAUGUGAAUGUCUCAAAGGUUAUCAAAUGGAUCCAGCUACUGGAGUAUGCAAAGCUGUCGGAAAAGAAGCUUGUUUAAUUUUCACCAACAGAAGGGACAUAAGGAAAAUUGGAUUGGAGAGAGGAGAAUACACCCAGAUAGUGGAUAAUUUGAGAAAUGCUAUUGCAGUGGAUGUUGACUACUCUUUUCAGAAGAUAUUUUGGGCUGAUCUUGGACAUAAAGCAAUAUUUAGAUCAUCCUUGGAAAAGCACAAUCAAAGCAGCCCAAUUAGGAUCAUGGAUGUUCAGAUGCCAGUUGGGAUUGCUGUGGAUUGGAUCUACAAAAAUAUUUACUGGACUGACCUUGGAACUAAAACAAUCUCUGUGGCAACAUUUGAUGGAAACAAGAUGAAAGUUCUUUUUGACAGUGGUUUAAAAGAACCAGCUUCAGUUGCCCUUGAUCCACUAUCUGGUUUUCUCUUCUGGUCUGAUUGGGGAGAGCCUGCAAAGAUUGAAAAAGCUGGAAUGAAUGGAGCAGAUCGACAUUUCCUUGUGAUCGAUGACAUUCAGUGGCCUAAUGGCAUAGCUCUUGACUUAAUAAAAAAACGUCUCUACUGGGUAGAUUCCAAACUUCAUAUGCUUUCUAGUGUGGAUUUAAAUGGUCAAAACCGAAGGAAGAUCCUUCAGACACAGGAUUAUCUUGCUCAUCCAUUUUCUCUUACAGUGUUUGAGGAUCGUGUUUUUUGGACUGAUGGAGAAAAUGAAGCUAUCUAUGGAGCAAACAAGUUUACAGGAGGAGAUGUGAAGCCUCUUAAAACCAACUUAAAUGAGCCACAAGACAUUAUUGCAUAUCAUGAAUUAAUACAAUUUCCAGGGAAAAAUUGGUGUAAUGAGAAGGCUUUUAAUGGAGGAUGUGAAUUCUUGUGUCUACCUGCCCCCCAGAUAAAUGCUCAUUCUCCAAAAUAUACAUGUGCUUGUCCAUCUGAUGCAGAGCUAGAUUCUUCAGGACAAAAGUGUAAAAAAGCAUCUACUGUAGUGGCAACGCUGACUUCAGUUUCUUCAGAAGGAAAUAGAAGUACUUCAAUACAUGAAAUGGAGUCAUCUGCCAAUGGAUCUGUUGCAGCAUGGACAAUCCUUCCUGUCUUGCUUUUUGCAAUGAUAGCUGCUGUUGGUUUUCUGAUGUGGCGUAACUGGCAAAACAAGAACAUGAAGAGUAUGAACUUUGAUAAUCCUGUGUAUCUGAAAACAACAGAAGAGGACCUCAACAUAGAUAUUAGCAGGCACACAUCAGUGGGCCAUACAUAUCCAGCAAUAUCUGUGGUAAAUACAGAAGAAGAUUUACCUUGAUGGCAGUGGAUACAAGGUCAUCAUGGUUGCCUAGACAUGCCUCUUCAUUUUGAACUAUGUUCAUCACUUGGAAGUAUGUCUGUGUCUUCAGUGGCUGUUAAAGAUCAUAGUAGCCACUUUUUUGUAAUGGUGUACAUCUUUGUACAGUGUUUAUUUACAGAGACUGUAUGUGAACAUUUUUAACCAUUUAACUUUGCCAGUUCGUGAUUUAUUUCGGCCAACUUCAGCUUUGGGGAACUAAGUUAACAAAAUAACAAUGUACACGUUGUCAUUACACCAAUUAAAAUUGGGUUGUUACCUAUUUUGAACAAGAUCUGGAAUAUUUUGCAAAGUUUUCAUGCCAUUUUUCAUUUUGGCAAUUUAAUGGAUUUUAGUGUACAUAAGGCUUAUUCAGGUCUAAAGAAUAAUAUAUUUAAAGUUCUGGCUGUAAAGAAUUUGUAUAAAAUCUUGUACAUAAAAUUAUAUACAAUCAGGUACUUGAGCACUUUGAACGUUCAUCUGUAAACUGUAAAUUAUUUUGUACGCAUAUUGUAGAAAUUUUUGGCAGUGAAUGAAUGGGGAAAACUUCCAGCUGAAGAAAAACAUUUUGUAUGUUUGCUGUUACUGUGAGUGCUCUUGAGAGCAAAUUCAUAUUUGUGAAUAAAUGCUAAAUUGAA